AUGGACCUGACCCCUGGCAUUGACCUCACCACCAUUAUGUUUUCCUGGCUGCUGCUUCCUGAAGAAGAAUCCACCCACAUGGGGGUAGCCCAGGUGCAGCAACUCCCAGGGAUAGCAGAGCCUUGCCCGGAGCUGGGGAUGGGCUGUCAGGGAAGACAUUGCAACGCUGAAAAAGAGUCAUACUGGUGCUACAAGGUUCAAGCCGAGUCCUCCAACUACACCUGCUUGGCUUCAAAGGCCUUCGCAGCUCCUGCCUUCCUGUUACCGUCUACUAUGUUCCUCAUUCACCUUCCACUCGGCACCAACAGGCUGCACUGCCUCCAAAACGCAUCACUUGAAUCCUGCCUCUGCUCCUUUGUCCAUCUGAAUCACCCUCUCCACAUUUCUGACCCUGUAAUCCUGAUCUCACUUCAUGAGGCCGUUCGCUUCCCUUUUGCAUUUAGCUUUCCCCGGGGUACACUGUCAAUAGCCUACUGUCUGAUGUCAUCAGUCAGCACUUCAUCAGAGGCAAUUAUGUCUACAGAGCUUUUGGCUCAUUACUGUCACUCCUCCUUACAUGUGUGCAUAUGCAUAUCAUCUUUCCCUAAUGAGACUGGAAAUAAUGAUUCAUUCCCUGGAGCAGUGGUUUCCAUAAAUGACCAACUCACAGACCAGUGCAAACUGGCUGCGGAAGAGCUUACUCUGAGAAACUUAUUAGAAUGCAGAUUCUCGGACUGCGUGGGAGAGGAGGAUCUCAUAAAUCUGGGUGUAAUAGGCACAGAACAUUAGGUGUAAUAUGGGCGGGACUCUGGACUCAGCAUAUCCAACAAGCUGCUGGCUGAUUCCAAUCAUGCCGAUGAAUUGCCAGGUUGGGAACUGCUGCCCCCGGAGAACCUAGCAGAGAGCUCUGUACAUGGUAGGUGCUCACUCCCCUAUUGUUUGGGUGUAUGCUUCCUGAUAAUGAACUUGAUCAUAACAUUAUUGUUGUAUUGUGCCUGUAUUGUUUCCUUAAGUGAGGGAAGAAUGCUUUUGAGUACCUAACAGGUGGCAAGC